CAAACUACACGCAUACUGCUAGAGCGUGGAAAUGGGCUGCUCGAGUAUACAUGUCGACGCAAAUACCGUAUUGCAAGGUCAGCUACUUUCCCUGCAACCCCAUGGUGAGGUUUUGAUCUAAUGUCGGCGAAGAUAUUCAUUUCGCAGCACCUUCGCCGACGGCAUUAUGCACAGCGUCGUUUGAGUUUACUUUUCUAGGCCUCGUCGACACAUCAAAGAUUCCAUUGGCGUUCAUUGCCGGCCCAUCUCAUGAGGUAUGGACGACAGAAGAAGCUUCAUCCACAUGGUUCGCAGAUCAGCUUGCGGAAAAUGCCGUAGAGCCUCCAACGUACCCGCGCUCUGGCGUUCUCGCCGCAGUUGAGAAAUGUAUCAACGGCGACAAGGAGUCCUCUCUGUUUACCGAAGUCCUCUUCCAUGCUGUUCCUGCUGCUCCGCCUGAAGUCGAAAUGAAGGAGUCGCUCUUUACACUCAAGGCGAUACCACUGUGCGCCCAAGCGCCCGAAUAUCUGCCUUCCCUGCCGUCAUCACCCAAGGCUUUGCCUGCGGGAACGAAUGCUGAGUUUUUGCCUCCACUAGCCGCGCUCCAUGCUGCUAGCUUGGCUGCAGAGAAGAAGCGCAAACAGGUUGCGAAUGUCUUUGAUGAAGCCACCGAGCGCAAGCGAAAAGCGCGUAGAUCAGGCGGCGAAGAUCUUGCAACUGCUGCAUCGGUUCAAAAUGAUAGCAUAAAUUACCUCGUAGGGCAGAAGAGACCGAAGAGGUCUCUGAAAACGCAGACAUCUAUAUCAGGUCAUUUUCCGACGAAGCACUUCCAUGAACAAAGCGUGGCAGUAAACUUCCAGUCGUCGCGAUCAAGAACAGGAAGCUUGUCUGGAAUUCCGCAUGAUGCGCAGGAUAAAAUGUUGUCAUGUUCUCCAAGCGCGCAAUCAGACCCUUGUACUGCAAACUUGAGACCAGCCGUUGAUUCUCGCGCGAGGCAUUUAACACUCUCGCGCGUUUCCAGUCUCCAAGCUACCAGCACUACUGAGGAGCGGAACAAGGAGAUCAUAUCACGACUUGUCAUGGCCGGAAUGCGACUGUAUGGGCUCCAGCCGCGGAAGCGAGUAGGCCACGUGCGCCGACAUUCCGAAAUGAGCACGCAAGUGCAGACCAAUACCACAGACACGAAUCUUCAGACAUCUAGCAAGGAUGAUGAAUAUAAGCUAGUUUAUCAUCAGACGUAUAAGGGUGCUGUCUUUGCACUACGUCAUGUUAUCUCUAGUAAACCCUUAUAUUUGGAUCCAACUGAGAUUCAAGAUAUUGUUGACAAAUUACUCACCAUUUUCUGCGGAGAUGCUUCUGUUCCUGCCUUCCGAGCUGGUGAGGCGGGCUGACUGCUGCGAGCACGAGCCGCGAAAUCAGAAAUGAUUGACGAAAAGGAACAUAUCACAGCAAAAACUAUUUGAUUGGAAGUGAUGGGAAAAAUCCAAGUUUCGUUCGUUAUCGAGACAAGCGGAACAAAGGGUGCAUCCGGCGCACCGUGUGAGCAAAAAAUACAAAACCGGAAGCAAAGACGGCUAAAAUGAUCCUAUCAUGGUUCGAUUGCAUGAAUCAGAGAGCCUCCCGACGCCAUGCUUAAGCCGAAACGGCACAUCUCGUUUUGGUUUGUCAUCCUCGCGUUGCACAUCAUCACGAAAGGAUUUUCGUAGCCCAGGCUGAUCCCUGGUCACGCACUGCGAUUCAGCCAAAUUCGAUUGACUUCAUUUACCAUCGUUGGCUCUCCUCGCACGCUCUUCAGCCUCCCGUCGUGCACGCUCUUCCUGUUCUCGCCGCUCCGCUGCGGACGACUCGGACGAGCCCAUGACGUGAUAAAAACGGGAAAGCUUGGUGUCGGCCAUUUCAGGAGUGGAUGGAUGAGCAAGUGAGUCGUGCUCUUGACUCUGAUUUUGCGCGUUGCCAGCGGCGUGGUGGUUUUGAGGGCGAGCUUCACGGUGUGCUUGCUGACGCUGAGUUUCGACGCGGGCCUCUUGGCUGCUCUCCUGCACGUCGUUGUUGCUGGACAUGAAAGGUUGGGUUUGGUCGCCGGUUGCAAUGGUAGUUAGAGACGAUUUCCUGGACGACGGUGCUGACUUGGACGCUGCUCCAGCGAGGGCGCUCUCGGCGAUUGCCUGAAUUUUUUCGAGAUAAUGCUGUGUUUCUGUCAUCAUGGCGACUGUUUCCAUGGCUCUUAUAUAUGUG